AAUUGGCGCGGAAAAGUUAAAAUUAAGUUUUGUAAUGUGUAUAAAUGAGCCGACGUAGCUGAGCGUCUGUGUGGUAAUAUUUUUUGGACGUCGCUUGUGUUUGUCUCCUAGGAAUAAAAUGCGGCUUUGGCAUCAAUUAUUUCGAGCCUGGACAUUUUUAGCACAGUUUUAUUUUUUCUCCAGCUGGACAGAGCCGGUGUUUAUAAUAUUUAUAGAUAAGGCUUUUGGCUGGACAAUAAACAUCGGCAGGGCAUUGGGGGACCGACGUCGCCCGCACCACAGCACACUCGACGACCUCUUCUCCUCCGGGUCGUGCAAGAGAUGACGCAACAACAGUUCGACGACAAUAACAACAUCGGCGGUGCCAGCGGCAAUCACCAAAGAUUCCUGCUGAGAUGGCAUCGGCACGCUCCCACUCUCACCGAUCAGCUUCCAGCGAUGUUUGAGGAGGGCCUCUUCUCCGACGUCACGCUGUCGGUAAGCGGACAACAGCUGCGGGCGCACCGAUUGAUUUUGGCCUCGUGCAGCACCUACUUCCUUCAAAUAUUUCAAGAGGCGGAUCGCACACAAGUGGAGCAUCCCCAUGUGGUCCUCGUCAAUGCUCACAUCGAAGACAUCCGGGCCAUACUUUCCUUUAUGUACAAGGGUGAAUGUUGCGUAUAUCGCGAGCGCAUCCCAGAGUUAAUCGCGACCGCCAAGAAUUUGAAAGUCUGCGGUCUCUCUGACAUGGAGUUCAACGAGUACAUGGAUAAUGAGAAGAUUCUCGUCCUGAGUUCGAAUAAUAGCAUUUUGAACGCGCGCGAAUCACCGCCAACGGCGAUCGCCGCUCCCUCUGCGCACGGUUUCGAAAAUGUGGCUCUGCCAAAACACAGAGAUGUACCGGAGACCUGCAAAUGUUUUGUCUGUGGAAAGUAUUUGAGCAAUCAGUACAAUCUGCGCGUUCACAUCGAGACGCACGAGGAGACAUACCACGCUUGCUCUUCCUGUCCGCACGUGUCUAGGAGUCGGGACGCCUUGAGGAAGCACAUGUCGUACAGACAUCCGGACAAAUACAGUGCCCGAAAACAAAAGAAGCUAUCAACCAUAGUUUAGCGCAAACAGCAAUUUAUUUUAA